AUGGCAGAAUUAGAACCUGGUCCUCUGUAUCUUGCUUGUAAGAAUGGUCACUAUCAGACUGUGGAAACUCUCCUGAACCAUGGAUACAAUGUGAAUGGAAUAAUUAAUAAUGGACUCACCCCUCUCAUGUGUGCAUGCGGAUAUGGCCACACUGACAUUGCGAUACUGCUGCUGAGUAGAGGAGCACAAGUAAACAUGCAAAAGAAUGAUGGGUGGUCUGCUCUGAUGAUAGCAAGUCAAAAUGGACAUAGCGAUGUCGUUAAAGUAUUGAUAGAAAAAGGAGCACAAGUGAACAUGCAAAUGAAUGAUGAGUGGUCUGCUCUGAUGAUGGCAAGUCAAAAUGGACAUAGCGAUGUCGUUAAAGUAUUGAUAGAAAAAGGAGCACAAGUGAACAUGCAAAAGAAUGAUGGGUGGUCUGCUCUGAUGAUGGCAAGUCAAAAUGGACAUAGCGAUGUCGUUAAAGUAUUGAUAGAAAAAGGAGCACAAGUGAACAUGCAAAUGAAUGAUGAGUGGUCUGCUCUGAUGAUGGCAAGUCAAAAUGGACAUAGCGAUGUCGUUAAAGUAUUGAUAGAAAAAGGAGCACAAGUGAACAUGCAAAAAAAUGGUGGGCGGUCUGCUCUGAUGAUGGCAAGUCAAAAUGGACAUAGCGAUGUCGUUAAAGUAUUGAUAGAAAAAGGAGCACAAGUGAACAUGCAAUUGAAUAUUGGGAGGUCUGCUCUGAUGCUAGCAAGUCAAAAUGGACAUAGCGAUGUCGUCAAAAUAUUGAUAGAAAAAGGAACACAAGUGAACAUGCAAAGUAAUGAUGAGUGGUCUGCUCUGAUGAUAGCAAGUCAUAAUGGACAUAGCGAUGUUGUCAAAGUAUUGAUAGAAAACGGAGCACAAGUGAACAUGCAAAUGAAUGAUGGGGGGUCUGCUCUGAUGAUAGCAAGUCAAAAUGGACAUAGCGAUGUUGUCAAAGUAUUGAUAGAAAAAGGAGCACAAGUGAACAUGCAAAGUAUUGCUGGGCACACUGCUCUGAUAAUAGCCAGUGGUAAAAAUGCACUUAUUGUGGCAACUGAAGCAGGGCAUGCUGAAAUAGUUGAGUUGUUACUACCCUACGAGCACAGAGACACUAACUCAAGCAGCAGUAGGUCCACAGAUGAAUCUUCUGCGAAGCGGGUUGAAAAAGGAGAAAACGAUACUUCACUGUCUAAAGAGGUAGAAGCAGUCACUAACACGGAUGCACUUCCCACACAAGAUGUGCAGAGAACUGUAUCUCCAUCCAAACAAGUCAACAAUCACAUUAAACAAAAGUCUCCCGAGCUGUCUCUGAAGGUGUUGUCUAUGGAACUGAAGACUGUGACUGACCCGAUACAACUGGGCGUCGGCCUGGGAGUGGCACAGCAUCACCUGGAGAUAAUAAGGAAAAACAACCCUCAAGACAUAGGACAGCAACAGUUCGACCUUUUCUCGUUUAUUGCCAAGAACUACAUGGUGCUGGGGAUCACAUGGGAGAGGAUUGCUGACACUCUGGAGGAGUUGGUGGGCAUGGGAGAUUUGGCACAGGAAAUCAGGAAGAAAUUCAUCAACUUUACCCAACCUGGGCUUAGUGUCGUUGAAGCUAAACUUGUUGAAGUUAACUGUUUUAAGGAACGUAUAUCGGAAGGCUUGUUUAUUUUCAAAGAUAAGCCCAUCGGAAGUGGUGCAUUUGGCACAGUAUUUAGAGGUGAACUGAAUGGUGGUUGUUGUGCAGUUAAGGUCCUUCGCUCAGUUGCUGAUGAAAUCCAAACACAGUUACCAACAGCAAGUCUCGCCUCAACAGAUUCUGCUGAGAGGUUUCGGAAAGAAUGUGAAUUCUUUGAAUCCUUUCAACACCCCAACAUUGUCCGUCACCUAGCAACUAAGGAAUACCCCAAGACUAACCACCUCGUCCUUGCUCUAGAGCUGAUGGACUGCAACCUGCGACAAUACUUCACUCCUCAGCCUGACAAAGAACCCAUCAAGCUCUCGCUAGCUAUCCAGACCAGCCUCUGUCAUGACAUAGCCUCGGCACUCGAGUACAUCCACUCACGAGGGGUGGUACACAGGGACCUUUGUGGAGAGAACAUUCUGCUGUCCUGUGGAGGGGAAACCCCCGUUGCUAAAGUGUGCGAUUUCGGAAUGUCUAAAAUCACCAAGAGUGAUACUCAAAGUGUAUCACUGCAAGCAUUCGCUCACAAAGGAUACAUGCCACCAGAAGCUACUGACAUGGAGUCAUCGUCCUAUAACUCGAAAUUUGACAUCUUCUCAUUUGGUGCUCUAAUGGUUCAAAUUGUCCGCCAUCUUCCCACCAUUAAAGACGGAAAAUAUCGUAAAUAUGAAUUGAAACUGAUCAAUGAAACUCACCCCAUCAAGGAACUUAUAAUUGAUUGUUUGAAUGAGAACAGAGACGAUCGACCAUUAGCUGCUCAGCUAAAGAGGAGACUGGCCUAGUGUUAUGACUGUCAUUGCUAUUUACGAUGAAUAUUCCACUUUCAUAAUGUACAUAGUGAUACAUGCAUGUGUGUAGUGUAUCAUUUGUGGGAGAGGGUGAAUUACCUUUACAGCCCUUA